CUGAGCAUCAGAGGUGUACAGGAGGAGGACCCUCCAGAUCCCCAGAUCAUGCGUCUGGAUAACAUGCUGCUGGCCGAGGGAGUGUCUGGGCCCGAGAAGGGUGGCGGAUCAGCGGCGGCGGCCGCAGCUGCAGCAGCGGCUGGAGGAUCACCUAACGACAGCAGCAUCGAGCACUCAGACUAUAGAGCCAAACUCGCACAGAUCCGCCAGAUCUACCACUCUGAACUAGAGAAAUAUGAACAGGCUUGCAGUGAGUUCACCAAUCAUGUGAUGAACUUACUGAGGGAACAGUCCCGCACACGGCCUAUCUCGCCCAAAGAGAUCGAGCGCAUGGUGGCCAUCAUCCACCGCAAGUUCAGCUCCAUCCAGAUGCAGCUCAAGCAGAGCACCUGUGAGGCCGUCAUGAUCCUUCGCUCUCGCUUCCUUGAUGCCAGACGUAAGAGACGCAACUUCAAUAAGCAAGCCACAGAGGUGCUGAAUGAGUACUUCUACUCUCACCUCUCCAACCCUUACCCCAGUGAGGAAGCCAAGGAAGAGUUGGCCAAGAAAUGUGGGAUCACUGUCUCUCAGGUCUCGAAUUGGUUUGGCAACAAGAGAAUUCGGUACAAGAAGAACAUUGGUAAGUUCCAAGAGGAAGCAAACCUGUACGCCGUUAAAACAGCCGUGGAUGCUGCCAAUGUGUCGGCACAGGCCAGCCAGGCAAACUCUCCAGCAACACCCAACUCAGGUAAAGUGCACAGCAGCCCUCCCAUCAUCUCUAGCAGAUAGUGAAGCUACACAACGCACACCACUUGCCACAAUCACACUCCUAUCUACAUGCGCUUCAUGCGAUUUUCUUUCCAUUUCAGUUCUGUUCUCAAGUCUGUUCUUGUCUGUCCAUCUUUUUUUCCUGUCAUAGAGAAUGCUUGUUUGUUUGUAUUUGCAUCAUGCACUUGCUGGGUGAGAUUUAGAUGUUGUCAAUCUGGGUUGCGCUGUAAAGCUGAUCUGAUUGUAUCUAGGUAACAGCUGUUUUGUAAACUUCUUCAGGAUAAAGCCGUCAUAGUGUCGUUUUUCUAUGGACCUGGGCGGUAUGACUGCAUACAUCACACAUUCGUAGAAAAGUGUUUAUGAAUGGGUAUUGUUAGGCACAACAUAACGCAGAGUUUAGUUUUAUGGUUACAUAACAUCACAUUAAUAUGACAUUGUAUAGAUAGGAAGCUGAUGUGUGAUCACAGGUUUCAGGCUCAGUCAGUGUUUUUGAACUUAUGCCAGACUUGUUUAUUUGUUAUGAAUAAUCGUAUUUUUUGUUUCACAUCCAUCAUGUUACAGAGGAAAAAAUGCAAAUGAAAACUACUUCAUCUCAUUUGAUUAAAGCAGGGUUUCCCAAACCGGGGUUUGUGAGGGAACUGCAGGGGUUUUGUAAGUUAAUGAAUAGCUAAAAAUGACUUAAAUCAUA